GCCCCGCCGAGCGCCCACAUUGCGCGCUGACUCCUACACAUACCUUGUGAGAGGCAAAUUUUCGCGCCUCUACACGACAUCGUCCGCCUCUCGACUCCGAUACCUCCAAUCGCACCGAUUCGUCACUUUCUCACGACCCUCCAAACCACUGCCUGCUCACCAGCAGCGCAGCUUCUCUGCCACCACCAUGGCGCUCAACCCGAGCUCGCACAAUGUCACGGGCGACCCCACGGGCCCGAACAGUGCCCCUCCGCCGCCUCUCGCCGAGGACAGCAAGAAGGACAUCCUAGACAACUCGAACACAGAAGGCACGGGGCAGUCCGCUCCGGGACGGGAUGGCGGAGAAAAGGACGUCGAGAAGAAAGUAAAGAGCGCGAAGGAGCUGGAGAAGGAGCGCAAGAAGGCGGAGAAGGACGCGAAGUUUCGGGCGAAGAAGGCGGCGCAGGCCUCGAAAGAUGGUGCGACGACUAAGAAGAAGGAGAAGAAGGAGAAGGAUGUGCUGCCCGAGUAUGUGGAGGAGACGCCGAAGGGGGAGAAGAAGAUUCUGAAGAGUCUGGAUACAGAGUUUACGAAGGCGUAUGUUCCGAAGGUUGUGGAGAGUGCCUGGUAUGAUUGGUGGCAGAAAGAGGGGUUUUUUACGCCCGAGUAUGGGACGCCGCAGAUUAAGGACGGGAAGGUGAACGAGAAGGGGUCGUUUGUGAUACCGAUUCCUCCGCCGAACGUCACGGGCAAGCUGCACUGCGGACACGCGCUUGCAACCGCUCUCCAGGAUGUGUUGAUUCGCUGGCAUCGUAUGAGAGGGUAUACGACACUCUAUUUGCCGGGCUGCGACCAUGCCGGUAUCUCUACCCAGAGCGUUGUCGAGAAUAUGCUGUGGAGGCGAGAAAAGAAGACGCGAUAUGACCUGGGUCGCCCGGCGUUUCUCGAGAGGACAAUGCAGUGGAAGAACGAAUACCACGACAGCAUCAAUAUGGUCCUCAAGCGCAUGGGAGGCUCGUUCGAUUGGACACGCGAGGCAUUCACAAUGGAUGCUAACCUCUCAAAAGCUGUAACCGAGACUUUUGUUAGGUUACAUGAAGACGGACUCAUCUACCGCUCCAAUCGACUCGUAAACUGGUGUACACGGCUCAAUACAGCACUGUCCAAUCUCGAAGUGGACAACAAGGAGCUCAGCGGCAGGACACUUCUAGAUGUCCCCGGCUACGAGCGCAAGGUCGAGUUUGGCGUGCUCACCCACUUCAAGUAUCCCAUAGAAGUGGACGGCAAGCAGGAGUUAAUCGAAGUUGCCACCACCCGUCCGGAGACCAUGCUGGGUGAUACAGCCAUCGCUGUUCACCCGAAUGAUGAGAGAUAUAAACAUCUCCUGGGAAAGAAAGCAAAGCAUCCCUUCGUUGAUCGCGAGCUUCCAAUCGUAGCGGACGAUUACGUCGACCCAGAGUUCGGUACCGGUGCCGUCAAGAUCACUCCCGCGCACGACCCGAACGAUUUUGCCAUCGGGCAGCGGCACAACCUCGACUUCGUCAACAUCCUCACUGACGAUGGCCUGAUGAAUAAGAAUGCGGGCCCGCAGUUCGAGGGCCAGAAGCGGUUUGACGUUCGUUACAGCGUCGUCGAAGCAUUGACCGAGAAGGGCCUAUUCGUCAAGAAGGAGGACAAUGCUAUGAAAGUCCCGGUCUGCCAGAAAUCGAAAGACAUCAUCGAACCUCUCAUGAAGCCACAGUGGUGGAUGAAGAUGGAGUCACUCGCCAAGCGUGCUGUUGAGGUUGUGGAGAAGGGCGAGAUCAAGAUCCGACCGGAGACUUCGGAAAAGAUCUACAAACACUGGCUAAACAAUAUCAAUGACUGGUGUCUAUCUCGGCAGCUAUGGUGGGGACAUCAGAUACCGGCCUACUUCGUCCAAAUUGAGGGCUUGGAGGGAGAGAGUACUGACAACGAGCUCUGGGUUACCGGCCGGACAGAAGAGGAAGCACAACAGAAAGCAGAAGCCAAAUGGCCUGGCAAGAAGUUCACACUCCGUCGUGAUGAGGAUGUGCUAGAUACCUGGUUCAGCUCAGGAUUGUGGCCUUUCUCUACCUUAGGGUGGCCAUCCGAUACUUUGGAUAUGCGGACGCUCUUCCCUACGAGCGUGCUCGAGACCGGAUGGGAUAUUCUCUUCUUCUGGGUUGCGCGCAUGAUCAUGCUGUCGCUGCAUCUAACAGGAAAGGUCCCAUUCCGAGAGGUCUACUGCCACUCCCUUAUCCGCGACUCCGAGGGUCGUAAAAUGAGCAAAUCAUUGGGUAACGUCAUCGAUCCAGUCGAUAUCAUGGAUGGUAUAAGCUUGGUCUCAUUGAACGACAAGCUCAAGCAAGGCAACCUCGAUCCCCGCGAGCUCAAGACGGCGGAGAAGUACCAACGCACCUCGUUUCCUCAAGGAAUUCCGGAAUGCGGAGCAGAUGCGCUACGGAUGGCUCUCGUUGGCUAUACGACAGGAGGCGGUGACAUCAACUUCGCUAUCGAUACCAUUUAUGGCUACCGUCGCUUCUGCAAUAAGAUCUACCAAGCCACAAAAUAUGUGCUCUCUCGCCUAGGCGAGUUCACGCCCCGUCCUACCGUCACUAAAUCUGGAUCCGAAUCUCUGGCUGAACGAUGGAUUCUGUCGAAGCAGUCCAAGACCGCACAGCGACUCAAUCGCCAUCUCGAGAAGAGGGAGUUCUCCCUGUCAACGCAGGUGGCAUACAAAUACUUCCUUCAAUUUCUCUGCGACACAUACAUCGAGAAUUCGAAAGCCAUUUUCGACUCGGGAAGCGAGGAGGAGAAGGAGAACGCCCGGCAGACCCUAUACACCGCACUUGAAGGAGGAUUGCUGAUGAUCCAUCCUUUUAUGCCCUACCUCACGGAGGAGCUGUGGCAGCGACUACCGCGCCGACCAGGCGACAAGACACCCUCCAUCACCGUUGCCACAUACCCAGAAUACAUCCCGGACUUUGUUGACGAAGCGGCUGAAACGGAAUACGAACUCCUCGUGGACUGCUCUAAAGGUCUCCGCUCCCUUACCGCUGAAUACGGGAUCAAGGAGGCCGGCACAACAUUCAUUCAACCUCUGGACGAGCCCACCCAAGCCGCCCUCUCCAUCCCAACUUCUCUGCCUUCGAUUCGUUCGCUCACCGGCAAAGUCGUCUCUUCUGUCGAGAUUCUUUCGCCAUCAGAUCCUCCGCCUACCGGAUGCGCCGUGUACACUGUCGGCGCGUCAGCCACCGUCUUCCUCGACGUCAAGGGCCGCAUCGAUAUCGACAAAGAAAUCGAGAAGAUGAAAGACCGGCUCAAGGAAUCGAACAAGGCUGUCGAGAAGCAGAGGAAGAUUAUGGACGAUGAGUGGGCACAAAAGGUCAGCGAGGCGGUCAAGGAGCAGGAAACGGAGAGGCUGAAGGCGGCGGAGAUAGAGGGCCGGAAUUGGCAGAGGUCUCUUGAGCAGUUUGAGAGGCUGAAGAUCGAGUAGUCUGGGCCCGAUCCUUGUGCGGGAUGGAUUGUUUCCUACGAGGAUUACAUAUAGGCCUGCUUAGGUGCAUAGACGGGUUUCCCUUCGUGCGUUGCAUGUAUUAGAUUUCAAAAGUAGAACUCUCCGUCUCCACACAGCCCCUAUCGGUCAGAUCUUAUGGAAGGCGUUGAUGGCCACCAUCAUCAAGCCCUCCUUCCGCUCACUAAUUCUUCCCAGACCCUCCGGCCACAUAAGGGCGUUUUGACCGUCGAUUUAAAGUGAUCUGAUCUGGCUCCUAGC